UGCCGGCGUCAUUCGACGAGAGUCUUCCGUAAGGAAGAGCAGUUUGUUAAUUGUGUUCAUGUUAAUUAACUUUAGACGAAGGGAUAAGUAGUGAAAUUUAGCUAAAUCAUUAAGAAUCAUGAGGUGGUUGGUGUUAUUAGGCUUAUUAUUAGCCUUGACAAAAAAGACUAGUGCUGAAAUUCUUACCCCUCCUUACUUCAAUUUAGCCGAAGGUAAAGAAAUAAUUGCUUCUGCAACGUGUGGAGUUGAUACUCCUGGACCUGAACUUUAUUGUAAACUUGUUGGUGCUAGUUCUGAUCAAGAUGAAGAUAUUAAUCUUAUUCAGGGCCAAGUUUGUGAUGUCUGUGAUCCAUCAGUCCCAGAAAAAUUCCACCCUCCAGAGCAUGCAGUUGAUGGUGCAGAGACUUGGUGGCAAUCACCUCCACUUUCUCGUGGAAUGAAAUACAAUGAAGUUAACCUGACAAUUAACUUAGGCCAGGAAUUUCAUGUAGCCUAUGUUUUCAUCAAAAUGGGCAAUUCACCACGCCCAGGACUUUGGGUUUUAGAAAAAUCAAAAGAUUAUGGAAAGACAUGGCAACCGUGGCAAUAUUUUUCUGAUUCUGCAAGUGAUUGUUUGACAUUUUUUGGUGUUGAUAGUCGUACGCAAAUUACUCGAGAUGACAGUGUCAUUUGUACGACAGAAUAUUCAAAGAUUGUGCCACUAGAAGGUGGUGAAAUUCCGAUAUCAAUUUUAAAUAAUCGACCAUCUGCUUUGCAUUAUUUCAACUCAACUGUACUCCAAGAAUGGACUCGUGCUACCAAUGUGAGAUUUCGGUUUCUAAGAACAAAGAAUUUCUUAGGACAUUUAAUGUCUGUAGCUCGACAGGAUACAACAGUUACGAGAAGGUAUUUUUACUCAAUCAAAGACAUUAGUAUCGGUGGACGAUGUAUGUGUAAUGGACAUGCAGACACAUGUGAUAUUCGCGAUCCAAAACAACCGAAUAAACUUGAGUGUAUUUGUCAACAUAAUACUUACGGUCCUCAAUGUGCCUCUUGUCUUCCUGGAUUUCAACAAAAAAAAUGGCAAAUAUCUACAGCUUUCAAGAAAUUCACUUGCGAGCCAUGCAACUGUUUUGGACACACAACGGAGUGUAUAUAUGAUCCUAUAGUUGAUGAAAAACAUCAGUCAUUAGAUAUUCAUGGAAAUUAUGAGGGUGGUGGUGUUUGUAAAAAUUGCGCACAUAAUACUCAAGGAAUUAAUUGUAACCACUGCAAGUCAAAAUAUUACCGACCAGCGGGAAAACCACUUAAUGCCACCGACGUUUGUCAACCAUGUAAUUGUAAUUUCUUCAAUUCAACUGGAAACUGUGCGGAAUCAACUGGAAAAUGUGAAUGUCGUCCAGAAUAUACGGAACCAGACUGUGACUCUUGUGCGUAUGGAUUCUUCGGAUAUCCUGAUUGUCGGCCUUGUGAAUGUAAUCUUAAUGGAACUGAUGGCUAUCACUGUGAAGCUCUGAAUGGUAUUUGUCCUUGCAAACCAAAUUAUGCUGGAGGUUAUUGUAAUCUUUGUGCAGAAGGAUUUUAUAAUUUUCCUGAAUGUUUACCUUGUGAAUGUAACCUUCAAGGCUCACUUCGUGAUGUUUGUGAUCCAUUUACUGGUAAUUGUACUUGUAAAAAUAAUUAUGGUGGUAGGACGUGCAGUAAUUGUGAAAAUGGAUAUUACAGUUAUCCAGUAUGUCAAUACUGUAAUUGCGAUGCAAGAGGAACUCGACCAGAAAUAUGUGACAAAAAGGAUGGUUCAUGUUUGUGUAAAGAAGGCUACGGUGGCGAACGAUGCGAUCAAUGUAUCAAUGGUUAUUACGGCUAUCCUAAUUGUAGGCCUUGUAAUUGCAGUACAGUUGGCUCUCCAUCAAGUAGUUGUGAUUCAAGCGGAAAAUGUUCAUGUCUGGGAAACUUUGCAGGAAGAACCUGUGAUCAAUGCAGUCCUGGAUACUAUAAAUAUCCUGAAUGUAUAAGUUGUGAAUGUGAUAGUCAUGGAUCAAUAGGAGUUUCCUGUGAUGCUGAAGGCAAAUGUCAGUGUCAUGAAAAUUUUGACGGUCUUCAAUGUAAUCAAUGUAAAGAAGGAUUUUAUAAUUUUCCACGUUGCGAAGGUUGCAAUUGCGAUCCUUCUGGAGUAGUAGAAUCCUUCCGAGGAUGUGGUUCUCUUCCUGCUGGAGAAUUAUGUCAAUGUAAAGAUCGUGUCCAAGGACGAAUAUGUAAUCAAUGUAAACCGCUCUACUGGAACUUAUUACCAUCAAAUCCUGAUGGUUGUCAAGAUUGUGACUGUAAUCUAUCUGGAGUUAUCGGCAACAUAGGAGAAUGUGAUUCUAAAUCCGGUCAAUGUAUUUGUAAGAAUGGAGUAACAAAUCGAGAUUGUUCUGAGUGUAUUGAUGGUACUUAUAAUCUCCAAGAAUCUAAUUUAUUCGGUUGUUCGCGCUGUUCUUGUGAUAUCGGAGGAUCAACUGGACCAGUUUGUGAUAAAGAUACAGGACAGUGUUCAUGUCAACCUCGAGUUAUUGGGCAAACCUGUCGAGAGCCUCUUCAAGCUCAUUAUUUUCCAACUCUCCAUCAAUUCCAGUAUGAAGUUGAAGAUGGAAAAACUCCAAGUGGAAGUCAAGUUCGUUAUGGAUUUGCUGAAGAUACUUUCCCUGGUUAUAGUUCGAAAGGUUAUGCAUUAUUUUCCUCUUUCCAGAAUGAAAUAAUUCAACGAGUUUAUAUUAUGAAAUCAUCUUUCUAUCGUAUGGUUUUAAGAUUUGUUAAUAAAAAUGCAGAACCAGUUACGGGUACAAUAAAAAUCACUCCAGAACAUCCUCAAGAAGUUGAACAAACUUUCAAAGUUCAGUUAAAACCCACAAAUGAACCGGCUUUUGUCACAGUAGCUGGAAUUCAUGGUAAUCUUCCUGCUCCAAUGGUCAUGAAUCCUGGCUAUUGGUCUAUCAGUAUUGCCACUGAAAAAAAUUUAUUCCUUGAUUAUUUCGUUCUCUUACCAGCUGAAUAUUACGAAGCCACAAUUUUAACCCAAGACGUAGAUAUUCCUUGUGAAAUUGGUUAUCACGGGCUCUGUAGACACUAUGAUUAUCCUAAUUUACAACACUUUGAUUCAGUUCGUGGAGCUGGAGGUUUCCUUAAUGAAGGUGGAGCAAGAUAUCCAUUAACAGAAUAUUUCUCAGAACGUGAAAUACUUAGAGAGCUCGGAAAAGAUGAUUUACCAUUAAUUAAUAAUAAACAAAAAGAAAUUCACUUUGAAUAUCGUGUAUCAAAACCAGGUUUAUAUGUUUUAUUAAUUUCCUACAUCACUUCAAAGGAUGCUUCUUCAAGUUCUACACUUGUUAUUGAAACAAAUGGUGACAAAGGCAAAGCUACUCUUUAUCCAUGUAGAUACACCAGCGCUUGUAGACAAGUUAUUACUGAUAGAUACGGAAAAGUUACUGUUUCCAAUUUUUCAACAAAUUAUGCAACACUUGUCUUAACUGGUGAACCUAAUUCCAAUGUAGCUAUCGAUUCAAUAGUAGCUAUUCCUCAUGAUCAAUGGUCAUUGGAUUAUAUCAAACCUAAGUCAGUUUGUGUUAGAAAGAAUGGUAAAUGUGUUCAAGGAAUAUUCCCAGCUGGAGUUGAAGCAAAGAAAGUAGAGUUCGAAGCUAACAAUGAAGAUUUAGAGGAUGGUACUCGUCCUUUAAUUAUAUUUGAUAAUUCAACUAAAUUAAUUUAUUUAAGUGGUAAUAAACCGAUGAUUGAUAUCAAGACUAAAGUUCCACAACCUGGAGAUUACAUCUUUGUUGUUCAAUAUUACCAACCUGAUUAUCCUGAAUUCGAAAUAGAAGUAUUAGUUCAGAAUGGUAAAUUUUACGAAUCUAAAGUCGCAGUACCACAUUGCCCAAGUAAUAGUGGAUGUAGAAGUAUUAUAAAACAAUUCGAUGGCAACUCCAAAUUCCAAUUAAUUGAAAAUGUUGUAUUGAGCUUCAAAAAUCCAGGCAAUGGUAUUUGGUUAGACUAUAUUUUGAUUAUUCCAGCUGGUCAGUAUGAUGAUAAAAUUCUUAAAAAAAUUCAAUUUGAUCAGACAAAAGAGUUUAUUAAAAGAUGCGGUAAUAAUCACUUUUACAUUAAUACUACUGAAGAAGGCUUCUGUAGGGAUUCUAUUUUUUCAUUGACAACUAAUUAUAAUAAUGGAGCGUUACCUUGUCAGUGUAACGUUAUUGGAUCAACGAGUUUUCAAUGUGCUCAAUUUGGUGGUCAAUGUCCCUGCAAACCUAACGUUAUAGGGCGUCGAUGUGACACUUGUAAAACUGGCUUUUAUGGAUACCCCAAUUGUAGGCGAUGUAAUUGUCCACGUACUGCAAUCUGUACUGAGACUGGUGAAUGUCAAUGUCCAGCACGUGUAACUGGAGAACGAUGUGAUCGCUGUGAAGAAGGAACUUAUGGUUUCCAUCCAGUUAUUGGGUGUGAAGAGUGUAAUUGUAAUCCUGCUGGUGUAGCAAAUGGAGACCUGCAAUGUGAUUUACUUAAUGGAACAUGUAAAUGUAGGGAAAAUGUUGUUGGACGUCAAUGUAGCAGAUGUCAAAAUGGAUAUUCACAAUUUCCAUAUUGUCAAAAAUGUGAUUGUGACAUUAAAGGAACCACUGAAGAGAUUUGUGAUCAAUAUACUGCUGAUUGUUUUUGUAAAACAAAUGUUCAAGGAUCUGCUUGUGAUGUAUGUAAAGAAGGAACAUUUAAUCUUCAAGAAAGUAAUCAAGUAGGUUGUAGUAAGUGUUUCUGUUUUGGAAAAACAACUCGCUGUGAUUCUGCCAAUCUUUAUCGAGAUUUCACAUACAAUAUGAUUGAUUGGGAUAUCGUUUUAAUAAAUGAUAAAACUGGAAAUGUAACAGUUCUUUCAAUGAUUCCUCAAGAAUUCAAUGAUUCCUCGAUUGUUAUUAAUCCUAAUGACAAUGAAACACGGAAUAAUAUUGUCUAUUUCUCAGCGCCUGGAAAUUAUUUAGGUAAAAAGCUUACAUCAUACGGAGGAACAUUAAAUUACACAAUUUAUUAUACCGAUGGACUAUUUGGUAAAGCAAUACCGGGUCCUGAUGUAAUUCUAAUUGGAGGUGAUUCUGUACUUUUAUAUUAUGGAGAAGAACAACCACCUCAAUCUACUGUUUUUAGAACUUCUAUGGCAUUGAUAGAAACUAAUUUUGUUACUCCUACAAACCAAGAAGUUUCUCGCGAACAGUUGUUAGUUACUUUGGAAAAUUUACGAGGAAUUUAUAUUAGAGCUAUUUAUUGGGAUCCAACUAUUUCUGUCUCACUUUCUGAUGUUACAUUGGAUAUUGCAACUAAAGAAUAUUCUCCUGGUAGUGUUUUGGCAAGUAGUGUAGAGCAGUGUCAAUGUCCACCAAAUUAUCAAGGUCUUUCUUGUGAAGAAUGUGCUCCUGGAUACUAUAGAGUUGAAUCUGGACCUUAUGGUGGAUCUUGUGUAAGAUGUCAGUGCAAUGGGCAUGCAGAUACUUGUGAUGUUAAAACAGGCAUUUGUCAUAAUUGCAAAGAUGGAACGACUGGAGAUCAUUGUGAACUUUGUGAACAAGGUUAUUACGGAAAUGCAACAGUUGGAACACCAACAGACUGUUUAAUUUGUGCUUGUCCUCUACCAAUUCCUUCUAAUAACUUUGCUACUGGUUGUGAAGUCAGUAGUGAUGGAACAAAAAUUAGUUGUCAAUGUCUUCCAGGUUAUUAUGGUGCUCGUUGUAAAUCUUGUGCUGCAGGAUAUUAUGGAGAUCCAGAAGUUGAAGGUGAAUUUUGUAAACCUUGUGAAUGUUCAGGAAACAUUGACACAAAUGAUAUUGGUUCUUGUGAUUCAUUAACUGGUGAAUGUUUACAUUGUUUAAACAAUACCUAUGGAGAAGCUUGUAACUUAUGUGCACCAGGAUACUUUGGAGAUGCUGUUGAGCGUAAAGAUUGUCAAACUUGUAUGUGUGAACCUUGUGGUAUGGAUAGAUGUGACAGUUACAAUGGACUUUGCGAAUGUAAACCAAACGUCGUUGGUGAAAAAUGUGAUAGAUGUGCUGAAAAUCACUAUGGUUUUGAUUCUUGUAACGGAUGCCAGGCAUGUGAUUGUGAUUUAGCAUCAGAGUAUGCACAAUGUGACGAACAAACCGGUCAAUGUAAAUGCAAACCAGGAGUCACCGGCAGAAAGUGUGAUAGAUGUAUCGCUGGAUAUUGGAAUUAUGGACCAGAAGGUUGUAUAUCAUGUAACUGUAAUACUGGAUAUUCGAUUGGUGCUUCUUGUAAUACAACAACUGGACAAUGUUCUUGUCUUCCGGGAGUAAUUGGAGAAAAAUGUGAUCAUUGUCCAUAUCGUUGGGUUCUAAAAAAAGAAGAUGGAUGUUAUGAAUGUGACUCUUGUAUUCAUGAUCUUUUAGAUGUAACUGAUGAAUUAGAAUCUUUGUUAUCUCCAGUAGCGGAAGACUUUAAUUCAGUUGCUGAAAGUUAUUACACUAAUCAGAGGUUGAAAUUUGUCAAUGAUACUAUUAAUCAACUUUAUCCAGAAGUUAAAGAUUUAGAUUCCAGUCGAGUCGAUCUAUUGCCUUUACAGCAAGACAUUUCACAACUUUCUCUAGACGUUGCAAAUCAGAAGAGGAAUAUAGAGUAUACUGCUGAAGACAGUAUAAGAUGGAAAGAUGGAGCAGAAAACACUUUGAAUGCAAUGAAUGAAUUAGAAACGGAUGUUGUUAAAGAAAUACAUUUGGUUAAUGCAAUUAUAUCAGAAAUACAAUCUUUAGCAGCAAAUAUUGGCCUUGGAUCAGCAGCAAAAAUUGAUAGUGCUUUAAAGGAAGCUAAUGAAAUCUUGAAAAAAAUUCAAAAUGUUUCAUUUACUAAUUUUAGAGAUAAAGCACUCGAUCAUGCAGACCAGGCCAAUGUUUUAUGGUCGGAAAUGACAGAGUACAAUUUCCCAGUUAGUAACCUUAGUUCCGCUGCUGAUAAAGUAAGUGAAAAAAUUGAAAAUUUCAAAUUAAAAGUUGAUGAUUUAUUUGAAAUUACUGACCGAGCUCACAAAUUAACUCGUGAUGCAGAGAAUGUAAUUAAUAUAAAUAAAAAAUCAACCGAAUUAAGAAAUUUCGAUUUGGUUAAAAAUGCAACGACUGAGAGUCAGGAUGAUAUUGUGGCUGGAAAAAAUUUGAAUAAAAAUGCUACGAUUUAUUUAAAUGAAGCUGAAAUUAGAUUUAAAACUUUAGAUGAUAUCAAGGCACAACAUGAGCAAUCUAUAACUCGAUUGAAUGAUACACUAAAUCAAAACGACGACGAGUUACUUGAAGUCUUUACUGUUGUUACCGAAGCUGAUAAACACGCACAAGGUCUCUACAUUCUUUCAUUAGAAAUAGAUAGUGUUUUAACAGACACUCGUAAUACAAGUGCAGUGAGAGCAGUAUCAGCAUACAGAGAUAUUGAACGAGCAAUUAAAGAAGCUACUGAUGCCACAUACGAAGCAGUUCAAGCAGCAAGUAAUGCUACUGCUUUAUCAUAUGGAAUUGAUAAAAAAGCUGAAGAAACUCGAAAAAAAUCAUUCGAUCUCUUAACAGCAGCAAAUUCUGCAUUCAAUUUAACUGAUAAAAAACUUGAAGAUGAUUUAGAUGAAGCUACUGCGACAAAUGAUUACAUUGCACAUUUAAAUAAAAAAAAUACUGAUGCUCUAGAGCGUAUUAAUAAUACAUUAGAUCAUCUUCGAAGUACUUCUGGAUCACCAACUGAUGAUAUCACAGAAGAAGCAAACAAAGUGGAAGCUAUUGUCAUCAAAGUAAUGGAUAACAUGAACGGAGUUGUUAAUAGAAUUCCAAACGACUUGAAAGAAGCUAAGAAUUUAAGCAAAGAUACUUCAGAUUCAAUUCGAGAUAUUUCUCAAGCAAAAAAACAACUUGACUCCGUGAGUAAAAUUCUUCCCAAUAUGACUGAGCUAUUAGAUAAAGUUGGAGAAACUCAAAAUAACAUAGACUCUAGUAGUGAUGAUUUGAAGAAUAAGAUUGAAGAGUUGAAAAAUAAAGUAGCAAAUGCAAGAGAAUUAGCUGAUAGAUUUAAGAUUGGUUUAACAUUCUAUAGAAAUACAACACUUCAAUUGAAAAAUCCAGAAGGUUUACCUUUAUUAGCAACUUCAACAAAAUUAUCUGUAUACUUUAGAACUGACAAAACAAAUGGACUCUUACUUUAUCUUGGAAAUGAAGAAAAAGAAAAAAUAUCCCGUCAUAAAACUCAUGAUUUCUUGGCAUUGACAAUUGAAAGUGGAUAUCCAGUGCUUAUGAUUGACUUUGGAUCAGGUCCAAUGAAAAUUAUAAAUAACAAAUUUGUAUCUGAUAAUGUUUGGAGACAGAUUGUCGUUGAUAGAACUGGGAAAAAUAUAAAAUUGAUUGUUAAAGAAGAUUCAGGAGAAGGAAGAGUUGAACAAUUUAUCAAAGAACAAGUAAUUCCAGGAACUUAUUCAAUAUUUAAUUUAGAUCAAGAACAUUCGAAAUUAUUUGUUGGUGGAUACCCUUCAUCAUUCCAAAUUCAAGAUGUAGUAACAGCCUCAUCAUUUGAGGGUCAAAUGGAAGAAUUGAUGAUUGGAGAGAUUCCAGUAUCAUUUUGGAACUUUGUUAAAGGAGAGAAUAAUUAUGAAGGUGCAAUAGAACGAGAUAAACUCGUUGAUUUUACUCCUAGCACUGGUUAUAGGUUUGAUAAGAAUGGCUAUGCAAUUUUAAGUAUGAAAAAUUCACAAAUUCGUCACGACCCUUCCAAAUUUAGUUUGAAAAUGAUCUUUAAGACAUUUGCAGAAGAUGGUUUAAUGUAUUUAAUGGGAAACGGUCCAUAUUUCUUGGCUCUAGAUAUCCAAAAUGGUCAUAUUUCAUUCCAGUUUGAAUUAGGAGAGGGUCCAAUUUCUCUAAAAUCUCCUCAGAAAUAUAACGACGGCCAGUGGCAUAGCUUAGAAGCAAGAAGGUUUGAGAAUAUUGGAGUAUUAGAAAUUGAUGGAAAAGUAGUGGCUAAAAGUGAUGGUGAUGAACGUGGAAAAACUCUAAUAUCAUUAGACCAUAUCUAUUUUGGUGGAUACCCACCGAAUUUAAGACACCCGUACGCAUCUGUUGCAAAAACCGGCUUUGAAGGUUGUAUUGAUGAAGUUGUCAUUCUUGAUACUUCUGUUGAUCUUACCCGAAAUCUUCAAGCAUUUGGAGUAAUGCCAGGAUGUCCUGUAAGAUUUGCAAGUCUUGUAUCCUUUGAAGAAAAAUCUCCAGGAUAUGUUCGUUGGUUAAAUGUCUCAUCUGAUCCAUCACUUCAAAUUAAUCUAAAAUUCAAAACUACUGCAAAUAAUGGAUUGAUCUUUUAUGCAACAGAUUCUGAUCAAACAUCUAAUAGUGUUCUAUCAAUUGAAGACGGAAUGCUAGUAUUCAAGAGUCAAGGAGAUGUUGUUAGAAGCAGCAGUGUAGGAAAUAAAUUUAAUGAUAAUGAAUGGCAUGUAAUAACUGCCACUCAUGAUCAAAAUGCUCUGAGAAUUGACAUUGAUGAUGUAGAAAAUUAUAUAUCAGAGGAUCCACCACCAGCUUUGAAUAUUCAAAAGGGUAAUCUUUAUAUUGGAGGCAUUCCUAAUGCUUUAGGAAUUUCUCAAGGUGGUUCUAAGACUACUGAACCAUUUAUAGGAUGUAUUGGAGAUGCUACGUUAAAUGGAGAAAUUAUAAACUUUGCGAAUGCUAAAGAACGUCCAAAUGCUUUAUUAGGAAAAUGUUUAGGUGGAGAAAGUUUACCCGUUCCUGUUACUGAACCAGACGUUGGAAUAUGGCCACCACCACCAAUUCCAAAUAUUCCUGACAAUGUGAGACCUUCAUCCAAUAGUAAUAUUGUUGAUGUUGAAGUAGAUACCGUAGAACCUGGACCUAAUGAAUUAGAAGGACGCGUUCCAAUAAAUCCAGUUAUUACUGAACAACCUGUUGAAACACCAAAAGUAGAAAUACCUACACCAACAACGACAACCACUACUUCUACCACUACUUCAGCUCCUUAUACAGUAGAUCAAUGUAAGCUUCCCUACAUUCCUGCCAGAGAUCCUGAAUCAGAAUCAGGAUGGAGAUUUGGAACUGCUAGACACAGUAGACUUGAAUACAGAUCGCUCAAUGGAAGAUAUAGAAAUGAUUUUGAUUUCCAAAUUGAUCUGAAAACACUUGAUGAUGAAGGAAUAGUUUUCUUCAGUUCAGAUUCAGAAUCUAAUAAUUUGAUCGCGGUUUACAUCCAAGGUGGUAGGAUUCAUUACACCUUUAACUGUGGAACUGGACCGGGCUUAUUAAAGAGUGAAAUCAAGAUUAAUGACAAUCAAUGGCAUACUGUUGUUUUCAAAAGAGUUGGAAACUUUGGAGAACUCAUUGUCGAUGAACAUCCUAUUGUUCAAGGAUACUCUCCAGGAGAGUCGGAGGUUAUUAAUGUUAACCCACCUUUCUAUGUUGGAGGAAUUCUUCCAGAAUUGUCUGCUAAUGUUUUUGAAGCUAUUAAUAUAAACAAAACUUUUAAUGGUUGUCUGGCAAACUUUAUGACCAAUGGACAAUCUGUUGGUGAACCAGAAGAAAAAAUAGGUGUGAUUCCAUGUUCAAAUAAAGUCGAAGUCGGGAUUUUCUUUUAUCCUGGAAAUGGAAGUAAUCUAUUUAAAGCCAUGGAUAAAUUCACUGUAGGACGCAAAGUGGAUAUCCAAAUGGAUAUCAAGCCUCGUUCAACAUCUGGACAUUUAUUAUCAGUUCAUGGAAGACGAGACUUUUUACUUCUUGAAAUGAUCAAUGGGACUAUUAAAUUUUUAGUUAAGACUGCCAAAGGUCCUAUUGAAACGUCUUUUGUACCAAAGAUGCCUAACUCAUUGUGUGAUGGAAAUUGGCACAAUAUCAGAGCUGUCAAACAAAAAAAUGCUGUAUUACUUUCGGUUGAUCAUGCAUCAGCACCUCCAGGAGUAGGAGGAAGUAAGAAUUCAGUAGGUGUGUUAUCAAAGCAUCCCAUUUUUGUCGGUGGACAUCCUCUUCUUGGAAAACGAUUACGCGGCAGCACAUCACACGCGCAGUAUGUUGGAUGUAUAAAAAACAUCGUUAUUAAUUCUAAUGAAAUAAGUUUCGAUCCAGACCGAUCUUACGGUCAUGUAACAACUGGUGUAUGUCCUGUUAUUUAAUUAGGACAUGAUUUACCAAAAAGUAAUAUAAGUUAACUUUAGUUUAUUAAGUUUUUUCACAUUGAAAUAAAUAUUUUAUAAAGUCAUUUUGAUAUAAAACUAAGUAAAUGCUAAGA